AUGUCUUUCUUUCGUUCAUUUCAUAAUAGUAAUAAAGAAAAAAUUCGCAAGUAUAAUAAAAGUGAUUCAAAAACAUUUUCUAGUGUACAACAAUGGUCUUAUUAUCAAGAUUUAGCUAUGCAAUCAGGUCAUUGUACGAUAUCAUCUGAACUUGUUUCUCUUCGUCAUUCUCAUUUUCAUCGUUCUCUGUACAAUCUUAUUUAUACACCUAAUGAUGAACUUGAUUAUUUUAUACAUUAUAUGGAUUCAUGUUCAUUAUUAUCUUAUAUAAAAUUUAUACUUGAUAUAAAUACAUUUGAGAAAAUACUUCGAGAAAAUUCCAAUGAUGAUCACCAAACAAUCGCAUUAACAUUAUUUCAUAGGUAUUUAUCAAUCGAUGCAAAAUAUAGUGUUCCAAUCAAUGAUGCAAUACGACGAACAACUCUUUUAUUAAUAUGUCCAUCAAAUAAUAAUAAUAAACCAGAUUCGAAUUGUUUUCAUAUGGCACGUGAACAUAUCUGGGAAUUAAUUGAACAAAAUGCCUAUCCGAUAUAUUUAGAAAGUAGUUUUCAUUUAAAUUAUCAAUUAAAAAUGUUAACAAGUAAUGAAUUACAAUUACAUGAUUUUUUAUAUCAUAAUAAUUCAUUAUCGUAUUUGAUGAAGUUUGCUGAACAAGAAAAAAUAACUAAUCUUAUUCGAUUUUGGAUUGAUGUAGAAGAUUUUUAUCAAAAUAUUAUCAAUAGACAACUUAAUAAUCAAGUAUUAACACAAAAUGCAUUAUCUAUUUAUGAACAAUAUAUUUCGUUGCAAGCACCAUUAAGAUUAGGUUUUGAUGAUGUUAUUCGUGCAAAAAUUGAGUGUAGUAUUUGUCAACCAGAUCUUAAUGCCGGUCCAUCUAUUGAUACAUUUGAUCAAGCAAGUUGGAUUGUUUAUAUUAUAUUACAACGUCAAUAUUUUCCUCAAUUUUUACAAAGUACGAUAUUUUAUCGAUAUAUUACUGAUCUUAUGUUAAAAUUACGUCAUGAUGAUUCUAUAUCCCAUUCACAACAAAUGAAAACAUUUGACUCUGAUAGAGCAUCGAUUAAUUCAGAUACUAUCAUACAAUCAAAACCAUUAAAUCGACAAAGAAAUAUAAGUACAUCAUCAUCCUGUUUAAGUAUUAAUCAAGAAACAGAUAUUCGACCUAAAGGACGAUUUUCAAUGGGAUAUGUUGAUUCAUUAGGCCGUUUUAUACGUGAUCCUGAUGUUGAUUCAAUUGAUAAUAGUUCAUCAUUGAAUCGUAAAACACCUUCGAAACCAUUCCAAUUUAUUACACAAUUAGUUCGUAAUGAACAAGAUGAAAUUGUAACCGAUGAAGCGGCAGCACAAUUUGCUAAAACAUUUAUUAAUGAAAUAACAAAUCAUACUGCUAAUUUAGAUAUUGAUUAA